AUGUUGCUGUCCAAAAUCUUGCUCCGUGCCCCGAGGCAGGGCGGCCGCCGCGCGUUCCACACCGACACCGGCUAUGGCCUACUCUUCAAAAAGAAUCGAACUGCGUUCUCCAUGGGCGUCCGGGAUGGUCGGGUCGAGUCAACCGAGACGAGGCCCCAACCGACGAGUGGCGCGCGUACCGACAGCUCGGAAACGUGCCUCGCGUUCAAGCCUGGCCCCUCGCCUAACGAGGUUCGCCUCACGCACCACCCAUCGGGCGAGACUGUCGACCUCCCGCCUCUUGCCCGCCUCUCGAAAGUCUUGCAAAUGGAGUCGUGGGGAGCAGCGGGCCACAAAGUGGUUGUCUACUUUCCGCCCGAUCCGUACGCGCUCGAGAGGAAGGAUGAGUUUCAUGUAAUAACCGUCGGCGACGAGUCGUGGAGAGUCGUGCUUUCCGAGCCUAGGGUUUCGGCGUUUGCUCCGGCUCUGAUAACAGAGGGUUUCGUGCAUUGGAGUACAAAAGACGACAAGGUGUUGAGUAUGAAUUUGGAGACGGAGGCUUUCACGGAGAGUCCAGGGCCCGCGCCCAAGCCCGCGCCCAGGCCCGCGCGUGACGACGACUCGGACGAUGUUAUUGUUAAGAACACUUAUUUGUCGACCGGAAGAUAUUUGUCGUUGUUGAGACAAUGGGAUAACAAUUUGUUCGAGGUUUGGGAGAUGAGUCCCGACACGUUUGCGUGGAAAAAGACGGGACAUUUUUCGUUGGUUGAUCACGAGAGCAAAUUUGAAUCUACGGAUUCGGAUGGGGCUAUAAUCCCGAUCGGGUGGGUUAAGUACUUGGAGGUGUUGGUCCUAUGCCCGAAUAUGCGUGGGAAGACAAUUUUGGUGUACAAUCUCGUCACUCGAAAAAUGAAGACAAUCGAGCUAGCGAAUAGUGUUUGUUAUUACAACAUACACACCCAUAAGCUCUAG